AACAACAGAAAAAGAAGGGAGUCAGAGUGAAACUGGAAGUAAACCCACGGAUAUAAAUACAGCUGUCCUGUGAGUUCCUAUCAAAGACGAAACAGAAAGACGCUGUGUCCAGAUCUCUCACAUUUCAGUUUUACGGGUGCAGCAAAAGAGCAAUCUGACAAAAUGGAAUAUGGAAACAUCAUGCAGGUUGAAACAACUGGAGCGUCAGCGAGAACUGCUCAGCAGGACAAACUGGACUACUCAGGUGUAAGGGCGUCACACAAAAUGGCACAAACUGAUUCUGGCAGAAUGGAGAAAUACAGGACAAAAAUCAACAAUGUUGGCAGAAAAUAUGGCAUAGAUCCAGCUAUUAUUGCUGGCAUCAUCUCCAGAGAGUCCAGGGCUGGAAAUGUGUUACAUAACGGCUGGGGGGACUAUGACCCAAAGAGAGGAGCGUACAACGCCUGGGGACUGAUGCAGGUUGAUGUUAAUCCACAAGGAGGUGGACACACUGCACGAGGCGCAUGGGACAGUGAGGAACACCUCUGCCAAGGAACCGAGAUCCUGAUUUAUUUUAUCGAUCAGAUCAGCAAGAAAUUUCCGUCGUGGAACAAAAACCAGAAGCUGAAAGGAGGGAUUGCGGCCUACAACAUGGGGGAUAGAAACGUCCAUUCCUACGAACACGUGGAUGGCGGAACAACGGGUAGAGACUACUCCAAUGAUGUUGUUGCCAGAGCUCAGUGGUACAAAACUAAUGAUGGCUUUUAAAGCUAAAGGUGAAGGAAAUCUGUAACAAAUUAUGAACUUGUUUAUCUUGUGUCAAAGCUGAAUAAAUACAUAACAAACACUCAAA